AUGGACACCAUACAGAACCUCAAGAACUUCAUCCGUCACGGCAAGCAGGCCCGAACCUCGAACUCACCGCAUGCUGACCCUACCACCAACCUCUCCACCAUCCAUGCCGAGCAACAGAAAUUCCACCCGUACGGUGCUCCAAGGCAACCGCAGCAUGAUGGCGGCAGCGACCCGAACGUUGCCGUCCAUAAACCGCUUCCAAGCGGUCCUGAAUCACCACCAAGUGGCUUCUCCAUAUCUGGCGUCGAUAAUCACGACGUGACCCCAAAUGCAAAUGAGGCGGUAGCCCCUGCGGCCGGUACGCAUCAAAAGAUGCAUGAGGCCAGGAAGGGUGAAGUCGACCAAGCGGUCAUCGAACGGAUCGUUGCUGAAGAGCGGGCAAGUCACGGAAAGCUACCACGCUACCCCGGUCUCGAGCGGUACACGCUGCUCGAGAAGAUGGGUGACGGCGCCUUCAGCAACGUCUAUCGAGCGAGGGACGAUUCGGGCCAGUGGGGUGAGGUGGCAAUCAAGGUGGUGCGGAAGUACGAAAUGAACAACUCGCAGGGCCAGGAUGUACUCCAUCCCGACAUAAAAGGCGCUACAAAGACAGUAGAGAGAUCAAACAUCCUGAAAGAAGUCCAAAUAAUGCGACAAUUGAACCACCCGAACAUCGUUAAAUUGAUCGACUUUACCGAAUCGAAGCAGUACUACUUUAUCGUCCUUGAGCUGAGCCCUGGUGGUGAGCUGUUCCAUCAAAUCGUUCGUCUUACAUACUUCAGCGAAGAUUUGUCAAGACACGUCAUUAUUCAAGUCGCAAAAGCACUUGAGUAUCUACAUGAAGAUGCUGGAGUCGUGCACCGUGACAUCAAACCCGAGAAUCUCCUGUUCUACCCCGUGCCAUUCAUUCCCACCAAGAAUCCGAAACCCAAGAAUCCUGAUGAGGAGGAUAAAGAGGACGAGGGCGAGUUCAUCAAAGGUGUUGGGGCUGGUGGAAUCGGCGUCAUCAAGAUCGCCGACUUCGGUUUAUCCAAGGUUAUUUGGGACAGCCAAACCAUGACGCCAUGUGGGACCGUGGGCUAUACUGCUCCUGAAAUCGUCAAAGACGAACGGUACUCCAAGUCGGUUGACAUGUGGGCGCUGGGCUGCGUCCUAUACACCCUGCUCUGUGGAUUCCCACCUUUCUACGAUGAAUCCAUCCAGACCUUGACCGAAAAGGUUGCCAAGGGUCAGUACACCUUCCUCAGUCCCUGGUGGGAUGACAUUUCCGCCGGUGCGAAAGACCUCGUCCGUCACCUCCUUACCGUCGAUCCGGACGAGCGGUACGAUAUCAAGCACUUCCUCGAGCACCCAUGGAUCGCUCAAUCCGAAGGUCCACCAUCGGCCAAAGCCCCACCAAUCAGUCAACCGCUCGCUUCGGCUCCUGCGGUGGGUGCGAACCCCAAUCUUGCCUACAUGGAUGAUGGUCCAACCGGCACCAGUCGUCGGGUAGAUUUCCGCUCCCCUGGUGCCAUCAACCUUCGCGAAGUCUUCGAUGUGGGCUAUGCCGUGCACCGGCAGGAAGAAGAGGGUAAACGCCGCAAAAAUUUCCGCCAGGGGUACCGCGGCGCAACGACGGCGCUCAAUGCGCUUGACGAGGACGAGCAGACUGAGGACGACGAAUUCGGGGUACCGGAGAGUGCGCCGUACGAUCCACGCCAUGAUCCCGGUUCGUUGCCUGCAAAGGUGCCCAAGGGCGUUGCAGCAGGAGACGUGGCAGCGAUGGAGCAGAAGAUGCGGAACACCACUUUGUCGGCCGCCGCACAGGCGCGACAGGCGGCCCAGGGCGGUAAUCAGCGAGCCAGGCAGCCUGCUCACGAUGAGAGGGGCUACGGACAACAUAGCGCGGCUGUUGCGGCGGCAGCGCGGAAACAGGUCAGGAACAAGGGGGCGUUGGAGUUGAGUCUGGACAAGGCUACGUUGUUGGGACGAAGGCAGAAGAAGGACGAUUUGGGACCCAGUGGUUUACGGAGUGAGAUGGUGGGUUAA